UUUCCAAACUUAAUAAUAUCUUGAAUCUUCAUCGCGCUCUUAACAGUCUAACUCUCAUAGUCUCAUCUCAUUUAGUUUCUUUAAAGUUAAAACUAUUAACUACAUCUUUAGCGUCUAUUCGUUUGAAGAUUAUUGAAACGACAUUACUGUAUUACUUAUUUUAAUAGUUCACGUUUUAAACAACAAUUCGACAGAUGGCUAGUGUUGUUGUCGUUGGGCUAGGUCUAGCCGUAGCUGGUUUUGCUGGUCGACAAGCAUUACGAGUUGCUCCACAAGUAGCUCAAAAAAUGAGUGAAGUUCUUAAAACAAUGUCAUCCGAAUCAGGAAUUUUGUCGAGUAGUAAAUUUCACAAAGGUGGAUUUGAACCUACCAUGUCCAAACGUGAAGCCAUGCUCAUACUUGAUGUAUCAAAUAAUGCUCCAAAAAACAAAAUCAAGGACGCACACAAACGAAUCAUGUUGAUCAAUCAUCCAGAUAAAGGCGGUUCACCAUAUAUUGCUGCAAAGAUAAACGAAGCUAAAGAUCUUCUAGAUAAAAAAUAAACAUUGUCCGCCGAAUUGUAGUGUAAAUAUGUGAAUGUACAAAAAUAUAGAUAUAUUAUCAUUUUUA